GCGAGUCAAUGUGAAGGCUGCCGGGGCAUGGCAGGGCCCGGCCUGGGCAAGUGCGUCGUCCUCCUGGUCGUCGGGCUCCUGGUGUACGCGGGGUUCGCCUUCCGGGUGCGGGAAGCGGAGCAGGCGCGGUGCGUCGGGCCGCCGGGGGCGAAGUGCCGCCAGAGGGGGGCGAGUGUCCCUGAGGCGGAGGAGGGGAGGGGGAGGGUCGCGAGGAGUUCCGGUCUGGAGCAGGAGGAUGUCCGCCCCGGGGUGGGAGGUGGGGUGGUAAGGGGGCAACCACCUGUUGCUCGGAAGGCCUGCCAUGGGGAGGACUGCGGGGGUGCGCAGAGAGGGGGGCCCCUCAGGGCGGUUUCUUACGGAGUCAAGGUCGGGGGGCACGGUGGGGCGGGGGUUAGGGUCGAGGAUGGACCGGAGGAGGCGAGCGACGGGGGUGACGAUAGUGAUGAGGACGAUGGAGUCACGAUAGAGGACGAUGAUGGGGAUGAUAACGAUGAUGAUGAGAAUGGUGAUGAUGAUAAGGAGGGUAGUGAUGACGACGAUGAGGGUGACGAGGCUACGGGAGAUGUGGACGACUCCGAUAGUGAGGAUGUAGCUGAUGAGGGUAGCGAGGAUGAAGGGGUUGAGAGCGAUGACGAUGGGGAUGAGGAUGAGGGUGAUGAUGAGGAUGAUGUUGAUGACGAUGAUGAUGACCGUGACCGGACGGAGGAAAGUCAGGCAGGGGAUGAGGAUGAUAGUGGAAAGAGUGGGGAGAAAGAGGAUGACGAAGAUGAUGAUGAGGAUGAUAGCGAAGAUCGUGAGGAAGAUGACGACGAAGCCCCGAAGAAGGCUGACGUUAGGAAAGAAAAAUCGAAGCCCGAGCCCAGGCGCACGCCUUUGAAGAGACAUGUAGACUCGAAAGAUGAGAAGAUGACGAGGACGGUUAGGAAAGUGGCCGACGACUCGGAAGACGAUGACGAGGAGGACGAGGAAGACGAAGACGACGAAGACGACGCUUCGAAGAGGAGAGCCCCUCGAAAGGACGACAAGGAAGUCGAGGACUCUUCAGGGAGCUUCUUCUCCUAUUUUACAACAAUGCUACCGGACAGCAAGUCCGAUGAAGACGCUCCAAAGCCAACGACUCCAACGAAACCCACGAAAGUCUUGAGGACUGUGGAAAAGAUGGUGAAGCCCGUAGAGGAGAAGAAGACCUCAAAGACACCGGAGAAGCCUGCAAAACUUGAGGAAACUCCUGUGAAGAAAGAAGCUCCUCUGAGGAAACUCGAAAAGGUCCACGUAGCGAAUAAGGACAAACCUCCGGAGGCGUCGAUAGCCCCGAAGAGACCGCCAGAGACAACGAAGACUAAAGAAAUUGUGCAGAAGGUCGAAGAGAAGCCGAAGAGCCUACCCGGGAAGGUGGAGGAGCAGAUGCCGAGUACACAGUCGAAGCCGAAGGAAGCUCCGAAGCAACCGGAGAAGCCGAAGCCGAAGGAGACCCUGAAGCAACCAGAAGUGCCGAAGCCGAAAGAAACUCCGAAGCAACCAGAAACACCUAAGCCUAAGCAACCAGAAGUACCUAAGCCGAAGCAACCAGAAGUACCUAAGCCGAAGCAACCAGAAGUACCUAAGCCGAAGCAACCAGAGGCCAAGUCGAUUUUGAAGACUACCCCGAAGACGGAGGCCAAGCAACCUCAGAAGAGGGAAGCCGAGGCAAAACCGAAACCGAAACCAAAACCAAAGUCUUCGGAGGCCUCGAUUUCUCUGGCCGAGCUGAACGAGGCGAUCCUCCACGUGCCCACGUUCAUCCCAAACUUCACCGACGUCGAGGAUUCGGUUUGCCGCCAACAUGGCAUGAUAUUUCUUCGGCAACUUCGCGGCUACAAGCUCUGGGCUCUACAGAUGUUGGACUCGAGCGCCAAAAUCCCGGCGGGUCUUCUUCGUGGGAAUACGAAUCAGCUCGGCGAUUUCGACCAAUGCGUGGGCGUAGCGGCACGUGUUAAAAUCGACGAAAAGACAGUCAAGGUCCAAGGGAAGUAUUGCUUAGCCACGGUGGACGUGCACGCGACCCGGCCCGACACUAAAAUCCCCGUCAACCUGAUGCAGAGUCGGGCCUUCGUGCGUGGGAGCAUGCGAGACCCGGGACACUUCAUUCCAAGAUUCACGACUAUCAACUGGGGACUCUGCCUUCCAGCGGCAUGUUCCGCCGAAGACGCCAGGGCGACCAUGGAAGCAUCUCUUCGGGACUACAAUGGCUCCUCAGGGUUGAGAUUCACCUUCGGGGUGGACCCCAAAAUGUGCUACACCAAGCAGAAGCCUCAAGGAUACUCGAAGGAGACGAUAGGAGUCCUAUACUUUUACGCCGUGGCCGUCUGUCUGGUCUUCGUGGCGACGCUGCGGGACCAUUGCCUGACCUUGGAAGGAAAAGGGACUUAUUCGGAGAGGAUAAUCAUGGCCUUUUCCUUGAAGAGGACCACGAAGACCUUGAUGCAGACCGAUGCCGAAGUCACCGACGAGAUCAGCUGCAUCCAUGGAAUCAGGGCCAUUUCUACUGUCGUCCUUUAUGUCGCCCAUAGGCUCAUCCCCAUCUCCAGGAUACCGUUUGCCAACCGUGCCCGGUUGACCGAGGUUGCGAACAGUCCGCUCACCUCCGUCCUGAGAGUCUCCUUGGUUUACACGGAUUGCUUCUUGCUCCUCAGCGGCGUCCUCUCAGCGUACAACAUGGCGAAGGACUUGAAGAACCGCGGUGAGAUCAGGUGGUUUUGCCGAUUCGUCGCGAGGUACAUCAGACUCACUCCUGCCCUCGUCGUGGUCGUCUUUUGGUACGGAUACGUCAUGGAGCACAUUGGAAACGGUCCCCAGUGGCACAGUGUCAUCACGACCAAUGCUGAUCUGUGCAAGAAGAAUUUCUGGACGAAUCUGCUAUACAUCCAAAAUUUCUUUCCCUUUGAGGAAAUGUGCGCCACACACACUCAUCAGCUCGCACUGGACAUGCAGCUGAGCUUGCUGGCGCCGAUGUUGGUCUUCUUCUUGUUCUGCAGACCCGUCCUCGGGAUCCUCGUGAUAUUCUUCCUGCUCCAAUUGUCGGCCACCUUCCGAUACUUCGCCACGAUGAACAAUUCCCUCUCACUCGUGAUUUUCCACGGGAUGACGGCCAGGCAUCUUUAUAAGACUGCGAAUAUGACGUACGCAUUGUCACUGCACAGAGCGACUCCAUAUCUUUUUGGAGUUGGACUCGGGGUCCUGUUGCAGUACACGGGGAGGAACCUGAAGAUCCACAAGGCGCUCGUGGUCACGGGAUGGAUUAUUGCGCUGGCCUUGGGGUCCUGGUCACUGUUCUCACCUUGGAAGCUCGCCAGAAGAGAUUACGUGUACGAUGCCGAAGAGGCGACCCAUUACGCCGUGAUCUCACCAGUGUCCUGGGCUUUGGCACUGUGCUGGCUGAUAUUCGCCUGUUUCACCAAUAACGGAGGUUUCCUCAACGAUCUUCUCUCCAGUCACUGGCUGGUGGUCUUCAGCAGGAUCUCCUACGCGGUUUAUCUUACCCAGUUCGCGGUGUUCUUUUACAAUGUCGGGACCACGAGAUACUCAACCGAGUUCAAUAUUUACUCAAUCAUCGACCCCCUGGAAUUUGGAACUGUGAUCGCGUUCUCGAUCGUGUUGACAUUGCUCUUCGACAUACCGAUGCAAGAAGUGAAGAGCGUCAUCAUGGAGUGCACUGACGGACUGGUCAUGGGGCCAUCCGGGGAAAAAGGACCUGAAGAAGAAGAAGAAGAAACGAAAAAUGGGCCAAAGGAGUUCGCCGAGGACGAGAUCGACUCCACGGGUUGGGACUGGCAGAAGGACAUAAAAGGCGGUACCAAAGAGGACCUCGAGGACCCCGAAGAGGAGGCUCCCAGGAUCGUCUUCAAAUCGAAACGGCAGGACCCUCGAAGGAUGUCCUUCAUCGCGUACGACAGAGAGGAUGCCCUUUCCUGGGACGUCUCCAGGAGACCCAGAGGACGAACUCCAGAAGAUGAAGACGAAGAGGUCGUAGGAAAAGGUAGAAGUAGAAGCAACCAGCGAGCACCACCAGAGGACUAUUCCGAUGAGGAUGAGAGAGAGUCGAGGUGGAUCCAGCAGGAGAGAGAAUCGAGAGCGAGAAGAGAGAAGAGGUCAGAGUCUCGAGGAGUCGAGAUCAGGAUAUCUUCUCCAAGUGAGGACGAAGAGGUGCCUCCAAGGAGUGAAAGACCACCGUCCAGGACGAGAUCGUCUUUAGAGAGCAGAAGACCUUAUUCGAGGGAACUGGAAGACUCGAAGAAUCGGCAGGUGCACAGAAGAGAGAGGUCGGAGUCUAGAGGAAGAAUGCCGGCUCCUAGAGACCCUGAGGAGACGCCUUCCUGGGAGUUCGUGAGACGAGAGAGGUCCGUCUCCAGAGGUCCCGAAAGCAACAGGUCCUCGGUGAAGUCCACAGAGAGUCAACAGUCGAGAUCUCCGCGACUGUCGAGGUCCGUGGAACCGAGGAGGACGGUCUCUUCAGGGUCUGAAGAGGAGACCUCUUCGAGGAGACGACCUAGAGUAGAGAGGAAGCAGUCGUCCGAGGAGCCCAGGGUCAGCGACGAGGAGAACUGGGAGCAGGAAUUAAAAUUAAGGGAACGGAGGCUCGCCGAGAAGCUCUCCAGGGAACACGAGGCCAGACCCGAAGAGGACCACUGGAACCUGAGGAGAAGAUCAUCAGCAGAGGGGAAGAUCGCUCUGCUGAAAGACACCGAUGAAAUAAGCGGCCUCGACACGUGGACCAUCAGCAGGGUGCCGAGGGGACCUCCUCAAGGUUCGUCCUUGGAGCCCAGCGAACCCGAAGACGAGGACCCCUACAGUCCCCGAGAAAGAAGCUACAGGGAAAAGGGUCCACCGUUACGGGAAGACGUCCAGGGGGAGGAGACCUGGGAACCCGAAGCCAGGAGAAGAUCCUUAACCGGUAGCCAGAUCACCUCCACCGAGGACGACGACGACGUCUCCACCUACGACUUCGUGCUGAAGAAAGAGAGCAAGAAGGUGUCUCUUCGAGAUCUGAGCAGGCUGUCGAGAGAGGAGCCAGAGAUAGAGGAGGAAAUGGAGGAAGAGAUGGAUUCCGGAUGGAACCUGGUCAGAGAGGAGAUAUCAGAGUCCACGCCUAGACCUCCCUCGGGGCUCUUCAAGAGAGAGUCCAUUAUCAAGAGCCAGGCCAGCGAAGAGGACCCUGAGUUCCUCCUGCCGGAAAGACCGAAGCUGAUGGAGCAGGAGCAGGAGCAUCCGUUUAAGAAAGCCUGGCAGCUGCAGAAGUCGCGCUCCGAGGAGGACGGCUCUUCAGGGCUGACCGGGAAGUCCGAAGACAAGCAGCACCCUGAAGGGGCGUCCUCGUCGAGGAAGGAAGAAGGAGAGAAGAGGAAACCUGCCGGAGGACAGUCCACGGACGAGGACGUCGCCGGGGAAGAAGUCGGCGUCGCGGAGGUCGCUCGUCCCGACCCUGAAGAGGCUUCUUCAAGGUCCAGGUCGAGCACCGAGGAGAGGUCCUCGAACCUCGAGGGGUCCACUGAUGACGACCAAUCCUCCAGCGCUCAGCACCAGAGGAGGCGGUUCAGGGAGACUAGUUGGAACUGGGAACAAGAGGAAACCUGAAGGGCGAAGGAGACGGAAAGCGCCGAGCAAAAGCUUCAAGGACGAUCCGGAGAACGCGGCCCAGGAGGUCUCGCGGCCCAGGUCACCCUGGAUCCCGGAAUCCCGACCGGGAAGACUGGUCUUCUUCUGAGAAGAGCUUCCGGCAGCCCGAUGAGGGCUCUGAGGAACGGAGUGUCUGUUAACGUACUCUUCUAGGCUAAUAAAUUUCUGGAAGAAGAA